UGUCGGUUUAGUAACUGGAUUUGUUUGGUCACAAGUCCCAGCCUUCAAAGUGCACCAACUGGAUAGUAAGCCAUGGCAACCAUAGUGCCCAAACUCUCCAGCGGUGGUGCGGUUAAGAUCCGCUUCUCUAGCAUGGACCUGGGCACCACCAGAUGGAAAGAAGGAACCUUCGAGAUACUGGAAAAGGACAACAAAGUCAACCUCUGCCUUAGGUUCAACUGUGGUGGCGCCUCCAAAACGUUCCAGCUGAACCAGAACGUGAAGAACAUCAACCAGAAUCUGAGUCGAAUCAUGUUGACAUUGAAGGACAACAGCGUCAUCGUGCUGGAUAAGAUGCCUCCGACGUUGGUUCAGAAGACUAAAGAAUACCUGGAAAAGCUGAAGCAGGGAAAACCAAUUUUAAAGUCAUCCCACGGAAGUGCAAACUUCAGUGUGCUUGGGAACCGCUCUGUGAAAAAUGAUGCCAAUCCAUCAGGAGAGAGACAGACAACACCAAGGCGGCAGAGUGCAGAAACCCGAGAUGAGACAACACCGCGGAAGCCUCUUGGCAGUCCAAGCAGAGCAGCCUCCACUCCCACUCGUACUGGACUCUCUGAGAACAGGAGUGAGAAGAGAAAGAGACUCCUUAAUUCUGAAAGUGACCUGACCGAGGACUACCCCAAGGAAAAUGACUCUUCAAGCAACAACAAGGCCACUUCAGACCCAUCCAGGAAGUUUUUACUGAGCUGCAAAGAAAAGCUGAAGCAGGGAGAAGAGAACAGGAACUCAGCUCCACUGGGUUCAACUCCCCUUCAGCCAUCUUCGUUCUACGGCAGCCGAUCUGUGACAAAAGACUACAGCCAGAGCCACUCUUUUCUGGACAGACCCUCCAGUACUGCACAGACCACCACAGCCAAGAGAAGCCUUAUUCUGCCCAACCACUCCACACCCUUCAAGAAGGUGCGUCCCUCUCUGGACUAUGGCGGCUGGUACAAGCAGAGGCCCUCCACUCUGGCACAGCCUCAGCCUCCACUGCAAGGUUUUUCCAACCUGGGCAACACUUGUUACAUGAACGCCAUCCUUCAGUCUCUCUUCAGCCUCCCCUCCUUCUCCAAUGACAUGCUAAGGCAGAGCAUCCCUUGGAAAAAAGUGCCCAUCAAUGCAUUACUCAGGCGUUUUGCUCACCUCAUGGUAAAGAAGGAUGUGGGCUGUCCAGAGACAAAAAAGGACCUUUUGAGGAAAGUGAAGAGUGCCAUCUCCUCCACCGCUGAGCGGUUCUCUGGGAACAUGCAGAACGAUGCUCAUGAGUUCCUGAGCCAGUGUUUGGACCAGCUGAAGGACGAUGUUGAGAAGAUGAACAAGAGCUGGACAAAUGAAGCUUCAGCUUCCUCAUCGUCCUCCGUGGUGUGUGAGAGUGGUCUGGAGGCAGCGGCGGCCAAGACAGAACCUGGUGAAGAGGUAGAGACCUCUCGCAUCUAUACCUGUCCUGUGGCAGUUAACAUGGAAUUUGAGGUGCAGCACACCAUCACCUGCAAAGGCUGUGGUGAGGUGGUGAACAAGCGAGAGCAGUUCAAUGACCUGUCCAUUGACCUGCCACGCAGGAAGAAAACCCUCCCACUCCGGUCAAUCCAGGAUUCUCUGGAUCUCUUCUUUAGGAUGGAGGAAAUUGAGUACUCAUGUGAAAAGUGCAAUGGCAAAGCAGCAACAGUUACACAUAAAUUCAGCAAACUGCCCAGAGUGCUCAUCCUCCACCUUAAACGGUACAGCUUUAAUGCUCAGCUGUCACUCAACAGUAAGCUGGGUCAGCAGGUGGUAAUUCCCAGAUACCUGACCCUGCUGUCCCACUGCACCGAAUCCACACGACCCCCUGUUUGUCUCGGAUGGAGUCCCCAAGCCUCCAUGUCCAGAACACUCAAAAUAUCACAGUCAGUAAACUCUUCCACAGCACUUCUCCGAAGGAUUGGAGGGAAAGUGGCAAACUCCAGCUGCACCUCUAUUAUCGUGGACUCUGACUGUGAAGAGGAGCCUACCCGAAGGGUGAACGCAAGUCGCAAGCGACGCCUCAGCAGCUGUUCACCUGAUGAUGACGACCGACCGGAAGAGCGUGGGGCGGCAAUAGAUUCAGCAGACUUCAGUGGCAUAAAUGAUGACGAAAUGCUGGCAGCAGUGCUGGAGAUGAGUCGUCAAGAAGCUGGCCUCUCUGCACCCCCUCCCAUGGAUGAUGAGCCAACCAGCAGCCCAGACACAGGGUUUGGCGACACAGAUGUCCAUGACCUGGCCUAUCAUACAGAUCUGCUGGAAACAGAGAGCAAACAGUCUGCAGAUGUGCUGGAUUCCUUGGAUUUGACCAUGGAUGAGAACAAGGAGAACCAGACUCCAGAGGGUGUGCAGCAGCAGGGUGAGCUGGACUGGGUUCAGCAGUACAGUCUGGACCAGGAGAGGGAGGAACAGGAGCUGCAGCAGGCUCUGGCCCAGAGCCUUCAGGAACAUGAGGCUCAAGAGAUGAGAGAGGAUGACGAUCUGAAGAGAGCCACUGAGCUCAGCUUACAAGAGUUUAACAACUCCCUGCCUGAGCUGCUGUGCUCAGAUGAUGACUCUGGUAAUGAGGACGUGCUGGACAUGGAGUACACUGAAGCAGAGGCUGAAACCCUGAAGAGGAACGCUGAGAUGCUUAUACAUGAAACUCUGCUAAGCCCAUGA